AUGGAACAGUACUUGGAAGCAGGAGAUUUGCCGCCUUUAUUUCCUGACCACAAUUACUUCUCACCAUCCCCUCUUCUUCCUUCAGACUUUUUCCAUCAAGAAGCAGCUUUGCCUCCCUCUGCUCUCACACCGCCGCUUCUUCUUCCAAAUGGAAUAAGUGCCUCGUUAAUGGAGGAGAGAGAAAAGCUGAGGGAAGAAGGAGAAGGGAACGUUAAUGGUGUGGGAGAGAGGAGGGAGAAGAGGAAGGCGGUGAGUGGGAGAGGGAAGAAGGUGAGUCGACCGAGAUUUGCCUUUCAGACGAGGAGUGCUAAUGAUAUUCUUGACGAUGGGUACAGGUGGAGGAAAUAUGGACAGAAGGCUGUGAAGAACAGUAUUCAUCCUAGGGAGAAGAGGAAGGCGGUGAGUGGGAGAGGGAAGAAGGUGAGUCGACCGAGAUUUGCCUUUCAGACGAGGAGUGCUAAUGAUAUUCUUGACGAUGGGUACAGGUGGAGGAAAUAUGGACAGAAGGCUGUGAAGAACAGUAUUCAUCCUAGGAGCUAUUACCGUUGCACACAUCACACUUGCAAUGUGAAGAAACAAGUACAGAGGCUUUCAAAGGAUACAAGCAUUGUAGUAACUACAUACGAAGGUGUUCAUAACCAUCCUUGUGAGAAGCUAAUGGAGGCUUUGAGUCCACUUCUUAAGCAAAUUCAGUUCUUGACCACAAGGUUUUAGAUUUCGGCUUCGUUUGGGACAACUUUCUUACUGUUUUCUGCACCAGUUUUUUAGCACCCGAAUUUCUUGAAAGUAGCGAAAAAGUAGUAGACAAGAACUGUCACAUAUGAA